CUUGCCGCAGAGCCAGGUGCGUGGCAGGAUGGUGGACAGCGUGUACCGGACCCGCUCGCUGGGGGUGGCGGCGGAGGGGCUCCCGGACCAGUACGCAGAUGGAGAGGCGGCGCGCGUGUGGCAGCUCUACAUCGGCGACACCCGCAGCCGCACGGCCGAGUACAAGGCCUGGCUGCUCGGGCUGCUGCGCCAGCACGGCUGCCAGCGGGUGCUCGACGUGGCCUGCGGCACCGGGGUGGACUCCAUCAUGCUGGUGGAAGAGGGCUUCAGCGUGACCAGUGUGGACGCCAGUGACAAGAUGCUGAAGUAUGCGCUUAAGGAGCGCUGGAACCGGCGGCAUGAGCCCGCCUUCGACAAGUGGGUCAUUGAGGAAGCCAACUGGAUGACUCUGGACAAAGAUGUGCCCCAGCCACCAGAGGGCGGCUUCGAUGCUGUCAUCUGCCUUGGAAACAGUUUUGCUCACUUGCCAGACUGCAAAGGGGACCAGAGUGAGCACCGUCUGGCGCUGAAGAACAUUGCGAACAUGGUGCGGCCAGGGGGCUUGCUGGUCAUCGAUCAUCGUAACUACGACCACAUCCUCAGCACAGGCUGUGCACCCCCAGGAAAGAACAUCUACUAUAAGAGUGACUUGACCAAGGACAUCACGACCUCAGUGCUGACAGUGAACAACAAGGCCCACAUGGUGACCCUGGACUACACGGUGCAGGUGCCGGGAGCUGGCCAGGAUGGCUCUCUUGGCUUGAGUAAGUUUCGGCUCUCCUACUACCCUCACUGUCUAACGUCCUUCACCGAGUUGCUCCGAGCAGCCUUUGGGGGCAAGUGCCAGCACAGCAUCCUGGGUGACUUCAAGCCUUACAAGCCAGGCCAGGCCUACAUUCCCUGCUAUUUCAUCCAUGUGCUCAAGAGGACGGACUGAGCGUGGCCUCAGCUCCCACAACCCUCUGCCCGGGCGUUGCCAGGCUGGGUCUGGGGAGCCCCAUGCCAGCAGCUCCACAUGAAGAUCCUGGCGGUGUGGGGAGGGGCCGACUGCAGCUGGAGUGCAGGGAUCUGGGUUCAGCCUAAUGUGAAGGUGAACAAUACAGUCUGUGCCUUUUUCAGUUCCA